AUGGACCAUCAGAGCCCAGAUUAUGGUGGUGAGUUUGUUAUAGUUGCUAGUCUUGAAGACAAACAAUGGAGGGAAAUCAAAUUCCCUUAUUAUAUCCCCUUAGUGAGUGAAGGGAUUACAUUGCAGGGACGACUUCACUGUAGAAUAAGGGUUAACAAAUCGUGUUUUGAAAACAAUAAAGGCGAAGAUGAUGACAAUGAUGGAUAUAAUGAACUUCAAGAGAGUAUGUGGGACAGUUUAGGCCCUCAUAACAAAGUAAGUUAUUUUGAUCCCAUCUCUGAAAAGUUCAAUAUGUUUCCAGUCCCUGAGCCUAAGCCUAAUCAAGAUGAGAAUGUUAUAGUUGGUUUAGGAGUUUUAAAUGAAUGUCUCUAUAUGACUCGCUUGGAUGAUGAUAAGGACGGUGUUGAGAUAUUGGUCAUGAAGCAAUAUGGAGUAAAGGAAUCACGGACAUCCUUGUUAUUCAUAAGGAAUUUAGAAAUAAACCCUACUUAUGAAUGUGCAGUUCCCUUUUCCGUGACGGAGACAGGAGAAGUAGCUUUAUUAAUAGGGGCUUAUGACAAAAAAAUUGUUGCAUACAAUCCUAAGGAUGAUAAUAUGAGAGACAUUCUUGUAGAGACAGAAUUUAUAUUUGGCGACAUCAUGACCUAUGUGGAAAGCUUGAUCUCGCCAGAGGAGUACUACUGGAGUGAGGAGCGGCACAAAAUGAUAGAAAAUUACCUUACUAAAAUAACAUGGAUUGUAUAA